GGACCUCUGACGACAAUCUUUAAUAUCGGUUGUGUUGUGAUACAGCACGUACGGUGUUGUAAAUAAAAAAAAAUGUAUUUUUUGAAUAUAAUUUUGCUGCUAUGCUUACUGAGUGUAGUAGCAAGUCAACGUUUAGACUCUAGUGACUUUGGUUACUCGAGGCGAGGCUCCGGUGGUUAUGGCUUGCUGAGACCAGGAUAUGACGGAUAUGGCGGUUAUGGCGGUUAUGGCGGAUAUGGUAGUGGCUAUGGAAGUGGGUAUGGAUCCGGAUAUGGCGGCGGGUACGGCAGCGGGUAUGGCAGCGGGUAUGGCAGUGGAUAUGGCAGUGGAUAUGGCAGCGGUUAUGGAGGUGGAUAUGGCGGUUAUCCUGCCCAGUCGGGCUAUGGAGGCGGAUAUAGCGGAUACCCGGGUUACGGCGGUCACGGGUCGGGGUACCAAGGUUACGGAGGCUACCGCCCCGGUUACCGUCCUAGCUACGACUACCGCCCCGGCUACACCGGUAGUAACGUAGGCUACCCUAACUACCGCCCCGGCUACCAGUAUCGUUCAGGCAACGACCGCUACCCUGGUUACAGCAACUACAUCAGUGGUUACGAAGGUUAUGACAAUUUUAAAGUAGUAGCAAGGAGAAGUGAAGUGAAAAAUGUUGAUACUGCUGUAGUAUAGGUUUAAUGAUUUAAAGCUUUAAGCACAUUAAUUUUAUUUAUGUACAUAAUUUUUAAUAAAUUGUAAAGCAGAUA